AUGAACUCCAAUACAUAUCUUAGUAAAGAAUCAUCUCGGAAAAAACCGCAAACUUUAUUACAAUCGAUUGAAUUCGAGAAUUAUGGUUUCGAAAAUAUUCUUGAUAAAUUUAGAAACUUGAAUAAUAGACGGUUUCAUAAUAAUAAUACUUCAAACUAUUCAUUACCUAAUGAUGAAAUAGAAAUUAGUAGAUUACAAUUAUCACAUAUUUUAUUAAAAAACGCAUUUGGUGGUAAUUUUUCUUCUCCAGUACAUAAUAAAUUAAGUGACGGAAUUGCUGUAUUAGAUGUAGGAUGCGGAGCAGGACACUGGGUUAUCGAAAACGCGGAAAACUAUCCAAAAAGUACAUUUGUUGGACUAGACAUGUCUCCAAUUUUUCCGAAGGACAACAAACCACAGAACGCCGGAUUUAUCGAAUGCAACGUGCUCGAUGGAGGACUCCCCUUCCCGUCAAACACUUUUGAUUUUGUACAUCAAAAAUUGAUUCACGCCGAAUUCACUGAAAAUCAAUGGUUACUACUGAUAAAAGAAAUUGCUAGGGUUUUAAAACCUUCUGGAUAUGCAGAAUUCAUGGAAGUGGAAAAUUAUAUUCAAAAUUCAAGACCUCAUUUAAAAGAAUUUCAAGAAAAAGUUAAACGAUUUUAUGAAGCAAAUAAUUUAUGUUUUGAUAUAGCAAUCAAAUUAAAAGAUUUUAUUGAUUAUACAAAAUGUUUUAGUGAAGUUAAAAUUGAUACUCGAAAUAUUCCUGUUGGAAAAUGGGGCGGAUUUUUUGGUGAAUUGAUGUUAAUUUAUUUAUGUAUGACCACUGAAGCUUUCGCAACAAUGAAGGGUAAAAUGAUUAAUUGCACUAAAGAAGAAUAUGAUAAAAUAUAUGAAAAUAUUUACAAAGAAAUCGAGGAAA